AUACAUACAUCAAUCCCAUAAAUAAAGUUCCUUCAUAUAUAUAUUCUUGCUUCUUAGCUUAUUUUGUAUAUAUGUAUAUAUUUGGGAAUCCAAUUCCUUAAUUAUUUUCUUUUCCAUCCUCUUCCCUUUUUCCCGGAAAAUUGGAAAAGUAAAGGAAAUAAAAAUAAAAAUGGUGAGAGGAAAAGUAGAAAUGAAAAGAAUAGAGAAUUCAACAAGCAGGCAAGUGACUUUCUCAAAGAGGCGGAAUUGUCUUACGAAGAAAGCUUAUGAAUUAUCAGUUCUUUGUGAUGCUGAAGUUGCUUUCAUUAUUUUCUCACACAAAGGAACACUUUUUGAAUUUGCUAGCUCCAACAUGCAGAAGAUAAUUAAGAGAUAUCGUGAACAUGCAAGAGAAACAACGAUGGUCAACAACAGCACUGAACUCGAGCACAAUGUGGAGAACUUGAAGUAUGAGACAGCUAACAUGGUGAAGAAGAUAGAGAUCCUUGAAGUUUCCAAACGGAAGCUGAUGGGGCAAGGAUUAGGGUCAUGUUCAAUGGAUGAACUACAAGACAUUGACAGCCGGCUGGAGAGGAGCCUCAAAAUUAUCAGGGCUAGAAAGACUCAAUUGUUCAAAGACGAAAUAGAACGCCUAAAAGCCAAGGAGAGGCUAUUGCUCCAACAAAAUGCAAGUUUACGUGAAAAGUGCGGGCUUAGGCCAAUGCUACUACAGCCAGCGCCUGCACCCGCACCUGUACCAGCACCACCACAAACACCACCAGCUCAAGUGAAAGAAAGGGAAAAUUGUAGCCGAAGUACAGAGAGUGUGGAGGUGGAGACUGAAUUGGUUAUUGGCCUUCCACAAAUGCGCUGCUCAUGAUAGUAGCUGGGAUCAGGAGUCAGAAUUUUUCACUAAGGGAAUUCAAAUAUAAAGAACGUAAUUUUCCGUCGAAGAUAGCGUGGAUAAACCUCCUCUCGAUUCUACCUGGCACCACCCUUGCUGGGACAGAGAGACUACUUGUUCAUAUUUUGUUUUACAUACAUAUUUUCUUCCUCAGUAAUUUAUUAUAUUAAGUGUCUAGGAUUUCUCAAUUAUUUACACAAUGAGUUAUAGAUUUAAUAAAUAAAACCUUACAAUAAGAGUGUAAUGUUUGCCCUUAUUUUUUUGGUAACCUUUUGUUGUUUAGCCAAGUGUUGUAUCUCUAUUUCCCUGAACAACUAUUAUAGAGAAGCCUGAUCUGAGUUGCAUAUGUA